CGGGCUGUUUUGUUUUGCACCCCGAUCGACCCGACCGAUCGACCGACCGUGGCCGACCGACUGCGACCGAUCCUGACUGGGAAUUUUGAUUUGACUCGCGUUAGCCAAACAACCAUCAAUCUGUGUUCCAAGCGAAGAGAAAAAGUGCUGGAUUACCACAGGAAAAACAACUGCAAGAAGAGGAGGACUCAAAAGGCACACCACGCUCAAACGGUCUGGACAUUGUGCUACCCGGCAAUGAAGUUGCUUGUCCUGGAAGCUUCCCAAGCAAGUAGGAUAAUCACCGCGAAUUGAGGCCCUCGCAGGAGGCUUCAACUCUGAGCGAGCGAGGAUCAUGCGGUUGGGGCUGCAGAAACCCGGUGCUGUCCCGUUUCUCGCCCUGCUUAUUUUCUCCCUGCUCAGCCUGGUGCCGACGCUUGCGAAGGAAUGGAAUUUUUACGGGUACAGCUACAGCGCUCAUUUUACGUAUCUUGGUCUUCCCCGCGGUGACAUUCACGGACACAGUCGAUAUUCCUCCCCCCGCGUCAAGAAUGCUUCUAGUACGGUUGAUUCCAGAUCGCGGUCGGCUGUGACCGGCAGCCACUGCAGGCCAUGGUUUUUUGGCGACUUUUAUUGGUCCUGUAGUGACAAUGAACGCGAUGCUCGGCCGCAUCAGUCGGCGGCACAUACGCCUCCGCGGAGUCUGUUUGAGGCUGGUAUCGAGGCUGGAAAUGAUCCCCUCACUUACUCGGCGACUAAAGGGCCGUCAAGCAUAACGCGAGGGGUGAGCGCUUUCAAGGAGUUCAUCAGGCGCUGGGAUGAUCAGCAGAUGUCUCGACCGCUGCCGCCGCGGCAUAAUCACGUCGAUGAUACUACUGCACACUCUACGCUGACUCUCGCCAAUACGUCCGUAACUCCGGUGUCCUCGAAAAUUUUGCAGCAUCAGCCUACGCCGGAAAAGCUGUCCGAUGGGGCGCCAGCGAAACGUUUCAACGAUGAUUCUUGGCCAUCCAGGGUGCCCGCUUUGGUACGUGAGACAUGGCAGCAGGUCUGCAAUUCCGGAGCACGUUUCUUGGGCAUCUGGACGACUCGAUCGCCAGUCCAUAACCCGAAUGAAAAUCUGAUACCCAAAUAUCCCGCCCCGCACACAAGCGAUGAGCAGAGACACCUGGAGCUCUUCGAAGAACUGGAUCGUGCCUCGACUAAAGAGUCACUGAGCACGAAUCUAGAUCAGCCAGGCCAAACCCCACGGCAGAUAGAUUCGCAACGGACCCUAUCGCCCAAUUCACUUGAGAUGACUACUGGCCAGUCCAAGUAUGCCGGGUUCCGACGCGACUCAGACCAUAUUUGUGGGAGCUCGAUGGCAAUUGUGGUCGCUCUUAUGGUCGGGAUCAUGUGGUUCUAAUACCGCUUUGACUUCAAGGGUUCACUUCCGCGACGAACACGACAUUUGUGGUCGCUUUAUCGUGCCCGCAUUCCGAAAGCCAUGUGCUUGGCCGCUACAAAUACUUGUGCAUGACUCAUGACGAUCCAGUUGUAGACGGGAUGGCACCGCACACAAACAGGACUAACUUCAUGUCGAAUAUAGUACUUGUCACCCCUUAAUUCCUAGGCAGGCGUUCCUUUCCGCAGUGGUGUUCUUGCUGGUUUUGCGUGGGUAGUUGACGGGCUGAUGCUUAUACACCAUGUGGCCUAAGAGCCGCUCUUAAUGCUAAUGAAGCUUGAUGAUGCAUAUAAUACUAAUUCUGUCG